CCAGAUUGGUUCUUCCUUGCUCCGAAUCAGCUUAUGCCCGAUCCAGCCGCUAUCAAACGGCGAUACCGUCUUUGACGAGUCAAUAAACGAUCGACCGUAGUUGAACUUUUCUUGCACCACCGCCGCCGCCUCCACCACGCGCACGAACAAUAACUAGUAAGAAGAAAUCGCGAGAGAUGAUGUAUGCAUGCAUGUUGCAUCUGCAUACGAGUAUGUAGUCAUCAUCCACAUCCACUACUGUUGUAGAGAAGUGUGGAGAGAGAAGUGCUACAACAACAGUGAAGUCCGCGACUCGAGACGCGUCGAAAAUCAAAUAAAUAAAUUUAUUAUCAAAUCAGGUCAAUUUGUAUUAAGAAGAAAUAUUGCGUGCAGCAGUCAAAGUAGGAGUGCGCGAGUGGUCACUGGGUGGCUGGCUGUUGAAGACCUGUGCGCAGCUUCUUCGCCGCUCUGCGAAGUCUACGGUAGUCUACCCGCGUGUGAAUGAAGUGACUAUCUUGUGCGCGCUGCGCUGCUGGUUGUUAAGGCUAGGAAUGUGAAUAGGCGAAGAACGCAUCAAUUCAAGGGUGAAAUAGCUAAAGCUGUGCGGCACUAAUAAAGCAGUGGAAAUAAUCAUCAUCGUCGUCGUCAUCGUUGCGCGAGUGUCGUAUUACAAAUCGCGUCGGAGUGCGCUGGCUGCCGGCCGCAGUUCUGAUCUAAUCGAAGAAGAAGAGUUCUGGUUCAUCAGUGUAUAGUCAGCGCAAAUGUAAACACAGAAAUUGUUCCGCGAUCUGGGCAAUAAAUCAAACCGAAUCUGUCAGCAGGAAUUGGAUUUUUGAGCCGCGUCCGGUGAACUGAGAAGAACUAAGAAGAGGCCGCCGCCGCCGUCGUUGAGUGUUUUGUAGGUUACCCCGGCAAAUUGGCAAUUGGACAUAAAUUACAACGCGCUCGCGCACACACACACACAGACAAACGGAUUCGUCGACGGCGUCAAGAUGAAGCUAGCUGUUUUGUGUCUGAUAACGUUGGCGAUGCGGUGCGUCCUGGCGAUUUCGCCCAAGUCGGAACCAACGAUCUCGGAAUGUACGGCCAAGGGAGGCGAGUGCGACGAGAGCAAAGGGCGACCGGUGUGCGGCACAGACAAUCAGACCUAUCCGACGCGGUGCCACCUGAUAAGGGCGCAGUGCAGCGGCCAUCAGGUCAGCUUGAAACAUCGGGGGACAUGUAAAGACGUGUGCCACGCAUCCCGCACGUACGCCCUCCAGCACCGGUCCAGCUCCCCAUACGGAGUAAAAUUUGUACCCCGCUGCCGGGAGGACGGAACCUACGCCCCGGUGCAGUGCCUGGAGAGUGUCGGCUGCUGGUGCGUCAACGGCCAAGGCAAACCACUGCCGAACACCACCGUCCAGCACGGGAAACCGGUUUGCGUCAAAAAGGGCAAAUCCAACCAGCGGCGAUCCUCACCGCGGAAUCCGGUUAGAAACAAACGCAGCUGCUCCCGCAUGGACCGGGCCGUGUUCAACCGGAAUCUGCUGAAGCUGUUCGAAAACGAGCACAGCCGGGUGCAGCCAGCGCAGAACGUGAAGGGAGGAUUAACGGCGACGACGGUCAGCGAGAAAACCGUGCUGGACUGGAAGUUUGCCUCGAUCGAUGGCAACCGGAAUGGCGUCCUGGACAAAACCGAGUACCGAGAGCUGAAACGGCUGAUCAAGAAGGUCGUGAAACCGAAACGCUGCGGUAGGUCAUUCGGCAAGAGUUGUGAUGCCGAUCAGGACGAGCGAUUAUCUCGGCUGGAAUGGGCCAACUGCUUCUCCAAGGAUAACCUAACACCCGAGAUGGAUCACCCCUAUCACAACCACCACUCUUCAUCACAAUCAUCACCAUCAUAUGCCGCUGCAUCGCCGCAUCAAAACCACCACCACCAUCAACAGCAGCAGCAACACCAACAACAGCAGCAUCACAACCAACAGCAACACCAAUACCAGCACCAUCACAUGGGUGGUGUCGGAGGCGGCGGCGGCGGCGGCAACGGUGGUGGUACAUUAAUCGGUGUCGGUGGCUCCUCCCAUUCUUCCUCUAGCUCUAGCUCUAGCACUAGCUUCCUCCGGUACGAUGAGUCACAGCAGAAUGGCUCCCAUGAUUACACUGAUUUUGACGAUGAAGAUGAUUACUCAGAAAAUGACGACGAUUCGGACGAAAUGCCCGAUAGUGAUAACACGCUACUGAACGGACUGCACUUUAGCUUUGCCGGCAAGCGGCUGCAGCCCAAUUUGUUGCUUCAGGGUAAAACAACGCUAGAGCUGAAAGGCGACCAAGACCCGAUCUUCAAAGACAGCGAAGCCGAAUCGGACUGCCUGAGUGAUCGUGCCGCCGCACUGGAAGAGCAAAGGAGUGGAGCUACCGCGCUGUACGUUCCGGAAUGUACCGCCGACGGGCGGUACCAACGGGUCCAGUGCUACCUGUCUACGGGGUAUUGCUGGUGCGUCCACGAGGAUACCGGCAAGAACAUUCCCGGGACGUCCACGAAGGAUAAACGGCCCCAGUGCGAUGUAUAUCCGGGCGUUGGCGGACGGCAGAUGCAGGGCUGCCCGGACGACCGGAAGUUGGAGUUCCUGAAGGACUUGAAGGACUUUCUGAAGCAGCAGAUUGCGAGUAAUUCGGUUACGGCGGCGGAUGCCACCAAAUGGGGAACCGAAGACGAGAAGAUUGCAACGCUCAGCUUUGUACUUCUGGACAAGAACAAGAACAAAGUUUGGGAGAGAAAAGAGUGGAAGAUUUUCCGAGAGCUUGUCACCGAAACAAGACAACUGCGAAAAUGUGGUAAAAAGAUGCCUCGUUACUGUGACGUGAACAACGAUCGGAAGAUCACACUAUCCGAAUGGCUCAAUUGUUUGCAAACACAGCGAACACCCUAUGUCGAGGGGGGUUCGGCAAUCAAAUCGUCCUCUCUGAUAGCUUCCAGUGCAUCAUCUUCCGGUGGAGGUGGUGGCGGUGGUGGAAUUGGCCACUCGGAAAGCGGGUGGAAACCUUCGCUGUCCGCGUCAUCCACCUCGAAGUUCCGAGGUCCAAAUCCUCUAGAAUCGGUGUUGAAGAGUGAUUGAACGCGCGCGAACGCACAACCGGAAAUGUCGAACAUGAUCAACACCAUACACACACAUACAGACACAUACCAGGCAACAAUACACCCACACAUUUACGAAUGAGACUUAAAGGGAAUGCGAGGAAGGAUUAAGAUACUCGCCACAGGCAAACGGAUAUAACACUGGAGUGGUUGUAAAUCUGACUCUCUUUUUUGCAUGGACGUGGCCGAUGAUAUACUGGGUACAGGCUACUCAGUUUGGUUUUAACUCUGCUAUGACUUUCAAACUAAGAUAUUGGGAUCGUACAUACUAUAGAGCACCAAUU